CUCUCUCUCGCUGUAUUCACUGCCUGUUCAGUCUCCCUCUGGUGCUACCAGCUUGGCCCUCCAUUAUGACUUCUGCCGCGCAGCAAUGGGAAGUGGACUUUGCGAAGGCGCGAGAAACGCUAGACUCCUUGUCAGGACCUGGUGAUGAAUGGCAGGCGAACAAGCUAGGCGAAUCCGUGGAGGCCCUUGCUGAGCGGUUGGCGCUGAUGGAGAGAAGACCGGUUGACUUCGCGGUUGGGCAUGGCGAGUUGGCGCGGCGAAGGGCGGAGCUGGAGACACUCCGUCGAGAAGUGGGCGCGGUGCGAGGGCCAAUGGGAGGCGGGCAGGGAGGAGGGGCUGCGGCCGCGGGGGCGGCAGGAGGCAGCGGGGGCAUGUCCCGCCUCGAGCAACAGAGAGAGACCAUGAAAGAACACGACCGCAUGCUGGCGGACCUGGGUCGAGGGGUAGGACGGCUCAAGACGCAAUCGGCGAUGAUCAACGAGGAAACGUCCCUCCACGUCAGGCUGCUGGAUGACAUGGAGGGAGAUGCGGAGCGGGCGUCAUCGGGGUUGCGCACCGAAGCAAGACACGCUGAAAAGAUUCGUGAAAAGAGCAAGACCUUCAACCUGUACGUCAUCAUCCUGGUGCUGUCUAUCAUCCUCGCCAUCCUCGUCUUUUCGGGCCUCUGAUUGGUGUAACAGCAAGCACCCGAUCGAUCGGGAAGCCUGGUUGGUCGGAUCGCCUGCUUGGUGGAUUGGGAGUAUAGCUAAACAACGUGUUGAGCUGGCUUGAUGAAUGUGGAUUCAGUGCGUCAGAUCUAGGCUGUUGAGUCGGUAUGGUGGGUCAUUACUUGCCCAUCCAUGACCAUCUUGGAUUCCGCCUUGUCGUAUAUGUUGCCGCGUAAAUAGCCGUGUUUGUAGGAAGCCGUUCUCAGGAUGACUUGAAUACAGGACUUCAAGUACUGAAGCCGCUAAAAGAGCACGUGUUUGCUUUAUCCAAACAAUGUUGUCACCCGCACGAGAGGGACAGAGAAACCAGGGCCGUUCCUGUCACCGAAUCAUGGAGAUGACUUUCAUUGUGACCCCUUAGAAAUGGUUUUAUCCAUGUACCAACAUUGAUGGAUGAUUCCCCUUCCGCCGGUCUUGUCGUGCUCUGUACCCAUGAUGCAAACGCGAAUGAGUGCUGUGAAACGAAUACUACGCAAGGGUCCUUCUACCUUUCCUAGCGUGGCGGGAUGCGGCAGUGUAAGCCGGGUUCGUUCCUCUUAUGGAAUAUUUUGGGCCAGAUCAUCUUGUGAUGACGGAAAUCCGCCGCUUUGCUGUUGAAGAACUUAAUGAGCAGCUCUGAAUUCUAGAAAAUCAACAGCAUCGAUAGCGCGUCCCUGAUGCCGCACAAGGGAGCUCGGUGCUAGACUUGCCGGGG